ACGUUAGACAUUGAUAAAAGCCAUUGUCCAGCUCCGGUCCCUGCUUUUCAUACCCUCCCUCGGAUCAAAAAGCAAAAUAAAAAGGAAAAUAUUUGCCAAAACGAAAUCUAAAAAACGCCAAAAGCUUCUCCGGUACUGGUGACAGAGUGAAAACAACGAUAUCUCCACCAACAGUAAUAAGAUAACUUCUCUGGUACUUUCCUUCUCUGUAAGCUCCAGUUCCCCUAGUUCUGUUUCUUGGAUUCCACUCAGUAAUGGAGGGUUUGGUUAUCAGCACCGAGUUGCGGUUCUCACGAUGAUAUCUCCGCCGUCGGAUCCUCCUUCAUUUACUGACAUAAACAAGUCUUGCUUGUAGUGCUUCGUUUUUCAGUUCGGAUUCUUAUACUCUCUGCAGCUGUGAUCUCGCAGUUGAUUCCUUGGAAUUUCACAGAUCUAACCUGUAAUUGCUAAUAAUCAGCGGUGUCGGUGAUGUCGGUGUUUGCAGUCGCAAAUACCGCUGUUUGGCCGAUGAGCAACGCUUCAAAGAACCAAUAGGACCUCCUAGUGGAGCACCUGCAGUUGCACCUGCUAUUCCUGCUUUGCCUCUGCCAGCCAACCUGCCACAGUUUCAUAAACUGCGAAGAAAACAUUUCUCACCUCUUGGUGCACCUUCAGCUGUGGCAGCACCAGCCAGAUCUCCUAAUUAUGAUCCAUUAAUAACUUCUGCUCACUCCCCUACUGGAUCACAUUUGCCAAAGCCAUCAAUGAAGAAGAAUGCUUUAGUGCCUACUAGUGCUGGAUUGAUGGAAAUUUCACCAACACAAUCCAAUGCUGGUACAAAUGCUACUGGUUUAGCUCGGCCUCCAUUGUCUCCUCGUGCCUCUGAUUGUUGCAAACCUGACAUGGUGUUGAAACAAGGGAGUCAUAAUUGCCACUGUGUGUAUCCCAUAAAGCUCGACCUUCUCCUUUUGAAUGUCUCACAAAGUCCUAACUGGGGAAAGUUUCUGCAAGAAUUAGCUUCCCAGCUUGAUUUGCUAGUUUCUCAAAUUGAGUUGAUCAACUUUUAUGUACUCAGCUUAUCAAGAUUAAAUAUUUCAAUGGAUAUUACUCCUCAUACAGGAAUCAGCUUUUCUGCUAGUGAUGCGUCUAUGAUAAAUUCUUCACUUGCAUUACAUAAGGUUCAUUUUGACUCCACCCUUGUGGGUGAUUACAAACUCCUCAAUCUUACCUGGUUUGAAAAGCCGGCACCUUCCCCAGCUCCUGUUGUUGCUUCAUCACCUGUGGAAGCACCAGCACAUCAAUCUACAACUUCCACAUCUCUCAGUGCUUCAGGCAGUGGCAAACAUUCAAAUCUAAUUCUUAUACUCAGUAUUGGUGCUGGCAUUGUGAUUAUCGCCAUAAUAUCCUUGCUUAUAAUUUGCUCAUGCGCAUUUCGUGAAGGGAAGCCUAAGGGAUCUCCUAAAGAAACUGUGAAGCCAAGGACUGUGGAUGCUGUUCCAGCAGGAGGAUCUCUUCCACAUCCUACCAGUACACGGUUUCUAGCCUAUGAAGAACUUAAAGAAGCAACAAACAACUUUGAACCUGCAAGCAUACUCGGAGAGGGUGGGUUUGGUAGAGUUUUCAAGGGUGUCUUAAGUGACGGUACAGCUGUAGCCAUUAAGAGGCUUACUAACGGUGGUCAACAAGGUGAUAAAGAAUUUCUAGUUGAGGUUGAAAUGCUUAGCAGGUUGCAUCACCGCAAUCUUGUGAAGCUUGUGGGCUACUAUACUAGUCGCGACUCUUCACAAAAUCUACUGUGUUACGAACUUGUUCCAAAUGGAAGUUUAGAGGCCUGGCUACAUGGACCUCUGGGUGUAAAUUGUCCUCUGGAUUGGGACACCAGAAUGAAGAUUGCACUUGAUGCUGCAAGAGGUCUUGCAUAUCUUCACGAGGACUCACAACCAUGUGUUAUCCACAGAGAUUUCAAGGCAUCGAAUAUAUUGCUCGAGAACAACUUUCAUGCUAAGGUUGCUGAUUUUGGACUUGCUAAGCAGGCGCCUGAAGGCAGAGCAAAUUACCUUUCUACUCGUGUCAUGGGCACAUUUGGGUAUGUAGCCCCAGAGUAUGCUAUGACUGGACAUUUACUAGUAAAAAGUGAUGUUUACAGCUAUGGAGUCGUUCUACUUGAGUUGCUGACAGGCAGGAAACCUGUGGAUAUGUCUCAACCAUCUGGGCAGGAAAACCUUGUAACUUGGGCCAGGCCAAUUCUUAGAGACAAAGAUAGGCUAGAAGAGCUUGCUGAUCCAAGGCUUGGGGGAAAAUAUCCAAAAGAAGAUUUUGUGCGGGUUUGCACUAUUGCAGCCGCAUGUGUUGCCCCUGAGGCAAACCAACGACCCACCAUGGGUGAAGUGGUCCAGUCGCUUAAAAUGGUGCAGCGUGUCACAGAAUAUCAGGAUACCAUGUCCACCUCCAACACCCGGCCAAACAUGAGACCAUCAUCUACUACCUUCGAGUCUGAUGGGACAUCUUCAAUAUUCUCUUCAGGUCCUUACUCUGGUCUAAGUGCUUUUGAUAAUGACCACGUGUCUCGAACAGCAGUUUUUUCUGAAGAUCUUCAUGAAGGACGAUGAAUGCAAUCAAAGGUCAUUAAGCUGGGUCCUUCACUUAAUUUGAAAAGCCUCAUUUUGAUAGUCAAUACUACAAUGCAAAGAAUUGGAUAAAUUCGAGAUGGCAAAGUAUUAUUAGGAAUUCUUUCAGGAAAUGGCGUAGAUGUCAUGGCAUAGAUGUCAAAGUUGUGAUUGGUUGGUGGGAGGUGGGAAACCACUGCAAAUUUUCCUGAAGGCAGUGGUUACUCUCUACAUGGUUGAAAAUUUUUUGUAUAUAUACUUGCUUUGUCUUAUUGGAUUGCCCUUUUGGGGGGAUUUUUGUUUAA